UAUGUUCUUCAGCGCGAGCUGCCGAGAUUUUAUUCAACGAUAUAUUGCUGCAUUCCAGCUACCACAACAAAAUCCGACCAGUGGCCAACGCCUCUGAUAUGUUAACAGUUUAUCUUGGGCUGUCUAUUUCACAACUCAUUGAAAUAUGUGUCUCGUAUACUGCCAUCAACGGUGUGAUACUGUCACGUAGGCCAACUCGAAACCCUCACCAGGAUGAUCUGGACGAAACUGAGCAGGUUAUGGUAAGCAGCGUUUGGCUCAAACAGAGAUGGAACGACUACAGACUGAGAUGGGACCCAGCACGUUACGAUAACAUCAAGUCGUUGAAUAUUCCUAUUCCGAUUCUGUGGAGGCCCGAUAUUACACUAUAUAACACAGCUGAUGGGGAGUACGAUGUAUUGGUCCCCAAUAAAGCAUUGGUAACCUACGAUGGCACAGUGAAAUGGAGUCCACCUGCUGUGUACAAAAGUGUAUGCAAGAUAUGGAGCAAAGACUUUCCUUUCGACGAGCAAAAGUGCGUCAUGAAAUUUGGAUCGUGGACUUAUAACCACGAUUUUCUGGAUCUGCGGCCCAUGGAUAACCAGGUGGACCAGGCAGACUAUUGGGCUAACGGCGAAUGGUACAUCGUGGAAACGCCUGUAGAGCGGAAUGUCAUUCGUUAUGCUUGCUGCACAGAUCAGUACGUCGAUAUUACGUUUGCGUUCAUUCUUCACCGAAAUCCUUUGUUUUAUGUCGUCACGCUCGUCGUACCGUGUCUUUUGAUAGCCUUUUCCACACUACUCGUGUUUUAUCUUCCAACUGACGCACAGGAACGCAUCACGCUCAGUAUUUCCAUCCUUAUUGCUGUCAUCGUGUUUCUUUUGUUGAUUCCGUCUCUGCUGCCACCAACGUCCGAUCAGGUGCCCUUGGUUGGACGAUUUAUCCUGUUCACUCUCUGUAUGAGCAUUGCCUCUUUACUGGGGACUAUUUUAGUCAUCCACGUCCACUAUCGCACAGCCGAUACACACGUGAUGCCUCGCUGGAUGCGCGUGGUUUUUAUUAUCUACAUGCCUCGCAUUUUGAGAGUGGAACGACCGACAAGCAAAGAGGAUUACGAAAACUACACCAAAGAAAGACGACAAGAGAAACUCAAGCAAGGCUAUAUGAACAACAGUCAGAUUUGGACAAAUUAUUCAAACGGGCGGAUUUAUCAUUCAAGGAAAUCGUUGGGUAAACAGGCUGCUAGGUUUAUUGUUGAGGCUGUCAGUCCGUCAUUACUAGAAGAGAUCGAAUGGCGGGAAGGCGGGUGUGGCGACGACCACCCAGAAACCUUACAACAGGCUCAAAGCCAGAUACCGUUGCCGAGCCACUACAUCCGGGCAAUUGAUUGUAUACAUUAUAUUGUAAGUCAUUUAAAGAAGGCAGACGAGGAGGAACAGAUAUCUGACGACUGGAAAUUUGUUGCCCUGGUGAUGGAUCGUAUGUUACUGUGGCUGUUUUUUAUCGUUCUUAUUAUUAUGACGACAGCAACGUUCAUGGCACCGGUAACAUUCUGGGAAAGUGAAAACACGCAUCGUAUACCAAGAAUAGAAAAACCAAUAACAAUCAGUUCUGCGGGCUUCAGCGAUUACAUCGCGUAACGAUCACGUGACAACAAAAUGGACCAAUGCGGAGUUCGUUCAGAACGGUAUAUCUACUGUAACAGACUUAUAUGCAAUAAUCCGUGCUACGUGUAUGUGUAAUAUUUAAACAUUUUCUUAUAUAUAUAUAUAUAUAUAUAUAUAUGCAUUACUAACAAAAA